AUCGUCGUUAAAGUGACAGUGGUGUGUGUAGAACGCUGUAACGCAGCAGCUGUUACCAGCGUCACUAUCUAACGGAGAGAGACAACGGGAGCUUGGGUACCGUUAACGACGGGCAGUGGUGGUAUAGAAUCCUUGUUUUAUCCCAGUUGAACAGAACAAAGCCGGGAUAGGCCUACAGGGUGACGGAAAUCAUGGGAAAUAUUCCAGGGCAGUGCGGGUACAGCAGCCGCGGAGAAUACAGCUCAAUUGUUGACGUAAAUCAGGGAAUUUAGCUAGCUAACUGCUGACGGCAAAAAUCACAAAACACAUCGGGCCACUCUUUCUUCAUCUCCACCAUUUUGGUUGUCAGUGAUGGAGCACCUCCGGACUCCCAAGGUGGAAAAUGUGCGCCUCCUGGACCGGUCGUCAGGACAGAGAAAGGCCAGCAUUGGGACUCUCUACCUUUCUGCCACGCACACCAUCUUUGUAGAGAACAACCCUGAGUCACGCAAGGAGACAUGGGUGUUGCACAGUAUGGUGAGCAGUGUGGAGAGGCCACCCACCAUCCCCGCAGGAAGUCAGCUGAUCCUGCGUUGUAAGGACUUCCGUGUUUUCCAGAUCCUCAUUCCACAGGAGAGAGACUGUUUGGACGUCCACACCUCAUUGGUCAGAUUGUCACGGCCAGAAAAGUACAGUGAGCUGUACUGCCUGUCCUUUAAUCCCAAUGUGAACAAAAUGGAGAGAGAAGAGUCCUGGAACUUCAUAGACCUCAUGGCCGACUACAAGAGGAUGGGAGUUCCUAAUAACUUGUGGGUUGCUACAGCAGCCAACAGCGAAUACAGGGUGUGCGAUACAUACCCAUCAGAGCUGUUUGUUCCAAAGACGGCCACACCCGCUAUCAUUGUGGGCAGCUCAAGGUUCAGGAGUCGAGGAAGAUUUCCUGCUCUGUCCUACUUCCACCAGGACACACUGGCAGCAGUGUGCCGGUGUAGUCAGCCACUGUCUGGCUUCAGUGGACGCUGUCAGGAGGAUGAGAUGAUGCUGCAGAUGCUGAUGAAGUCCAACCCUGGCAGUGACUACAUCUAUGUGGUGGACACCAGGCCCAAGCUGAACGCCAUGGCAAAUCGAGCAGCAGGUAAAGGUUACGAGAACGAGGACCACUACACCAACAUCAAGCUGCAGUUCAUUGGCAUCGAAAACAUUCAUGUUAUGAGGAGCAGCCAGCAGAAAAUCAUCGACGUAGGCGAGAUGAGAUCUCCGUCCAUGACUGACUUCCUGUAUGGUCUGGAGAACUCUGGUUGGCUCAAACAUAUCAAAGCCAUACUGGAUGCCGGGCUCUUCAUAGCCAGGGCAGUUGCUGAUGAAGGUGUCAGUGUAUUAGUUCACUGUUCAGAUGGCUGGGACAGGACAGCCCAGGCCUGCUCUGUAGCCAGUAUACUGUUGGACCCAUAUUACAGAACCAUCAAAGGACUCAUGGUGCUGAUAGAGAGAGACUGGGUUUGCUUCGGACACAAGUUCUCCCACAGGUACGCCCAUCUUGAUGGAGAUCCUAAAGAGGUGUCUCCAGUUAUCGAUCAGUUUCUGGAGUGUGUGUGGCAGCUGUCUGAGCAGUUCCCAUGUGCCUUUGAGUUCAACGAGCGCUUCAUCAUAUCCAUACACACACACGUCUACUCCAGUCAGUAUGGGACCUUCCUGGGCAACUGCCAGAAGGAACGCAGGGAUAUGAGGCUUCGUGAGCGGAGUCACUCUGUGUGGCCUCAGCUGUGGAAGGACAGGGCUGAGUACACCAACCCUUUGUACCAGGUUGAGCUGAGCCAGAGUCAGGGCGUCCUGCGACCAAACACCACCCCCUAUUGCUUCAAAAUGUGGAAGGGUCUCUAUAACCAUACGGAGAAAUCAACACCUCCUCGCCAGUCACCUGCCGACUUUCUGUCUGCUGUCAGGGAGGAGUCCCAGCAGCUGGAGGAGGAGCUGACCAAUCAUCAGGAGAGGAUCGCAGCCCUGACAGGGAAGCCAAUCAUGUGGGAGAAGAUCGAGGUUCCGAGGAGGAGGACUAGCCACCUGCGGCAGACACACCGCGGGCCGGACCCGCCCACCACCUACAGAGAUACAAUCACCAGCCCUGCACAGGACAAUGGUCGCAAGCUCUCUUCUGAACCAGCCAAUCAGAAGACUCCGACCCAGGACCCCGAUCUCACCCUGCCUCUAGGGCCACACACCCAGCUCAAGAGUUCCAAUCCUGAUGACCUCUCCACCCGCAGUGACCUGGAGUCAGGCGUGGCCGACCUCAGCAGCUGCUCCUCCAGCCGUGGGGACGAUGGCAAGGACCCAGACUUGGGUGAGGCUGUGUUUAUUACUGCCUGACUAGAAAAGGGAACCCAGUCGCCUGGCUGGAAGGUAAGAGAAGAAAUGACUGCUCUUACACUUUCAAAAUAAAUAAAUCUAUUUAUUCAAACACCUGGAGGGGAGCGGAAGCAAACUGUGACGAGAUAACUGACUGACCUGUAUCUCUUGUUUUCAAACUGUAGUUUGUCUCAUUCCUUUUCCGUCUGAAGGGAGUCACAGAGAGGGGAGACACCUCACUGGCUGUUUUUCAGUUCACCUUUAUGACUCUGAAAGACAUCUUGACAUAUUUUUAAUUAAAAAUGUUUACGUUCACAA